UGUGACGAGGUGGGUUGGGCGGUGACGUCGGAAGAGGUUGUGACAAAAAUGAUUUUUUCAUGCAACAAAAUGAACAAGAUGAUAAACUGAGAGGUUCAUUCUUUGGCAUAGCGCUUUUAAAAUGAUGUCAUAAUGAGGUCACAAAGUCAAAGUAAACUAGGAAGCAGAUAAAUAUGACUCAAAAACUGCUGGGUUACUAAAUAAUCUUGGGAUGAAUGUACAUGAAAAGCAGAGGCAACAGUUGACUUUACAACCACAGCGACAACACGACAGCAGGAUGUCCAUUCGUCAGAAGAAUUCCACUUUGAUUGUACCUAAAGACUUACCUGUCAAACAUGGCUGCAGCAUCAACUAACCAGCCAGAUAAAAAGGAGAUUCAAAAAGGAUCCGUUUUGGCUUCUUGCUAUGAGGUGCAGGCUUGUCUCGGCGAGGGAGCCUUUGGCAUGGUGAUCAAGUGUUACAACACCGCAUCCAGAUCACAGGUGGCCAUAAAAAUCAUCAAACAAGACCCUGAUCAUUACAGAAACGCUGAGAAGGAGAUAAAGAUUCUCAAAGAGCUGCAGAUUCUGGACCCUGACCAAAGCUCAGUGGUCAAAUGGAUGGGCUUCUUUCUGCAUCAGGAUUUAAUUUGUAUGGAGUUUGAGCUUCUAGACAUAAGCUUGUCCAUGUUCAUGGAGAGGAGGCAGUUCAAGCCUCUGUCGUUGGAUGAAGUCCGGCCGAUUGUGAAUCAGCUCUCCAUGGCACUGUUCUACCUUAUGAGCAUUAAAAUCAUUCACAGAGACAUCAAGCCCGAUAACAUAAUGGUGGUGGACCACAAAAAGGCGCCGGUGCUGGUCAAGCUUAUAGACUUCGGCAUGGCCAGCAAAGUGGUGGAUGUUUGCUCCUGUGUUGUGCAGACGCUCUGGUACAGGGCCCCAGAGGUCUUGCUGUGUGGCUGCUACACAGAGUCCAUUGAUAUGUGGUCUCUUGGUUUGGUCGCUGCUGAGCUUGCUCUUGGCUUUGUAGUGUUUCCAGCAGAGGACACAUACGACAUGAUGAAAUUCAUUGUGGAAUCUUUGGGUCUGCCUCCAAAAGACACACUCCACCGUGGUGAAUCAACACAUAUCUUCUUCAAUGUGAACAACAGCAGCCCUGAGCGCACCUGGACACUUAAGACUCCUGCAGAAAUCGCCAAAGAGUUCCAGCACCAGUUCAGAGACACAAGAUAUGUCCCCUUCGUUUCACUGGAGGCUCUGUUGUUCUCAAGGAUUUCUUUUGCUUCCUUGAAUGACACCUGUAAUUUUGUGGACCUGGUGAUGAACAUGCUCAUGGUUGAUGAUAAUGAGCGUAUAAAACCCCUUGAUGUGCUAAAACAUCCUUUCUUGUAUCUGGAACAGUAUGUUGACCAAGAAAAAUACCAAAAUGGUGAAGGAGGAGCCUCAGUAAUGACAGCUGAUAUUCCCCAAAAUAUGGUGGGAGACACAGCUUUUGUGGAGAAAGGUGUAACCAGGGUGGACGUGAUGGGCAGGAAAGAGGUGGAGGAACUGAAAAAGUCUGUUAUCUUGAGCCUGGAGACUUUCCUCACGGACAUCCAGUCUGAACGGGAAAAUAACUCACUGCUUGGUAAGGAAAUAAAGAGUAUGACUGCUUCACAACUGGAAAUGAACCUUCGGUGGGAGACUCUUGAAGAGCAAGCUGUCGUCUUCCAAAAAAGAAUUCACAUUGCAAUGAAAUCCCAGGAGGAACAGCAAAGCAAAGGACACCUUCGUGGAUGAAGAAAGACGCUCUCUGGAAGAAUUCUGUUGAGACUGAGAAGGCGGACCCCCACCAUUUCCUUCACUGCAGCAUCAGAGAAGAAAAAGACAACACGACAUAAUUAUUGAAAAACUGAGUUCUUUUUGAGAGCUUGUAUUCUGCUGCAGAGUUUAUGAUCAUUGUUGUUGA